UCUAAUUUCCUCCACAGCUUAUCUCUUCGUAUUGUGCUGGUUUCCUUCGCAUUUUAGUUGCUCUCUCUCCUCCUGUAGCUGAUCAAAUCAUAGCACUGAAUAUUUCUUUUUCUCUCUUUUUUUUUUUUUUGCCAGCCACUCACACGCACACAUGGCAAAGAGCAGCCUGACAUCAUUUGACAUCUUGCUUCCUCAUUUCAAUAUUAACUGUUUAGCAGAAGCAAAACAGGUUUGGGGUUAGGGUGCUGAGCGCGUGCAUGUCUCUCUGUGUGAGCAAGGGCUUUUUUCCCCGCUGUCCCUUCACAGCCAUAGGUCAUUACGCUGAGCCGCCUGAAGCUGCCCAAUGCUGUUUUUCACCAGCGUGACUUCAGAAGAGACAAGUCUGUGGAUGUGCUUCACUUUCUGCUGUGUCCGGGCGACAGCAGCAAAGCUCAGGGCUGUGGCUGCUGCUGCUCUCCUCUGAGAACCAACUCGCUGAAGGAUUCCUGCCUCUCCACCGAGCGAGAGUAAUGACACAGAUGCAGUUUAAAGAUGCAUUUUGGUGCAAGGAGUUCACCUUCCACACUGGCUAUGAGGUGCUUGUACAGCGGCUGUUGGAUGGGAGGAAGAUGUGCAAAGAUGUGGAGGAUUUGCUCAAGCAGAGAGCACAAGCAGAAGAGAGAUAUGGGAAAGAGCUGAUUCAAAUCGCCCGAAAAGCAGGAGGACAAACAGAAAUCAACACCCUGAAGGCAGCAUUUGAGAGGCUCAAGCAACAAAUCGAAAGUGUUGGAAACUCUCAUAUCCAGCUGGCAGUAAUGCUGAAGGAUGAACUGAAAGGAAUAGAGGAGUUCCGAGAAAGACAGAAGGAGCAAAGAAAAAAGUAUGAGUCUGCGAUGGAGCGCAUGCAAAAGAGCAAAUUGUCCCAUUAUAAGAAAACAAUGGAGUCAAAGAAGACCUAUGAACAGAAGUGCAAGGAGGCGGACGAGGCAGAGCAAUCCUUUGAACGAACAAGUGCUUCAGGCAACCAAAAGCAAACAGAAAAGAGCCAGAACAAAGCCAAGCAAUGCAGAGACGCAGCAAAUGAAGCAGAGAACGUGUACAAACAGAACAUUGAACAGCUGGAUAAGGUCAGGACAGAGUGGGAACAGGAACAUAUCAAAACCUGCGAGGUCUUCCAGCUCCAGGAGUGCGACCGCAUCACCAUCCUCCGCAACUCCCUGUGGGUUCACUGCAACCAGCUCUCCAUGCAGUGUGUGAAGGAUGAUGAGCUGUAUGAAGAGGUUCGGGUAAGCUUGGAGAACUGCAUCAUCGAGUCAGACAUAGACUACUUCAUUAAGACUAAAAUGACAGGGACACAACCUCCAGAUGCCAUAGGAUAUGAGAACUACUACAGCAGAGAACCAAACAGAAGCAACAGCAGCCCAACCCAGUCUUGCGGGAUGAUGAAGAGAUUCUCUGGACUACUGCACGGAAGCAGCAAAAACAACACAGAAAGCGUCACUCCUUCAGCCCCUCCUCUUGCAGAGGAAACAGACGGAGUCUAUGCGCCGAUUUUUGUAAAUGAACAAGCUGGAAUCACGUCACCACGCGACUACAGAGUACUUUAUGACUACAUAGCCCAGAACAUGGAUGAACUGGACAUCAGUGAAGGAGACAUUGUAGUUGUCAUUGAAGAAAACGAGGAUGGCUGGUGGACAGCAGAAAGGAACGGGCAGCGAGGCUUUGUACCAGGGUCUUAUCUUGAAAAGCUUUGAUGGAAAGAAGGCCCAGUCCCCAGACUUUACAAAUAUUCUAUUAUGGAAAACAAACAGCACACAAGGUCUGCUUCAGAUGACCAAGGGCAACCCAUAAUACUGUCUUCUACAAUUACCAGUCAGGAAAUAACCAACUGACCACGCUUUUCUCUUCCUCCUGCCUCAUCCCAGCACAUCCUGGCCUACUCUGUCUGCAAAAACCGUCUUCACCUCAGAGGACUAGGACUUGCGCUUCUUACCACAGUUCUUCCUACCCUCAGCACACUGCGCUGCCAUCAGUCUUGCAAAGCUUGGCAAAUCUGGGAGGAAAAUCCUGCCCAGAACUUAACUGCACUAAAGGAAAAAGAUCAAGGAAGCAAGUGCUGUUUCUCCAGGAUGGAGGACCACCUCCCGCCAGCCUAUGAGCCACUCUCAUGGUCACAGUAGCCAUGUUCUCUGCCAUGGAUCCUCUCCUCUCACUGCACAGGCCAUGCAAGCAUUUUUGAUAGUGGGGUGCAAAGCACACUCAAAAAGCAGAUAGCUUUGAUGUCGCAGGGUCUUAGCUGUACAAAGCAAGGAAGAAGCUCUCUUAAGUUCCUUUCAACAGCCCUCUUUCAGCAUGUGGGGAACCAGGGAGAAAGGUGGGUAACCCUGCACUAUUCUUUAUCAGUCACUGAUGAAAAUAUGAAAAACAAUGAAUGCAGGUAGAGAGGAGCACCCAAAGGACCGAGACACAUCAGUAGCAAGAAAACGUAAGGCAUUCCCCAUCACGGACAUCUCCUAACACAAUGAAACUCAUGCUAUCCAUGGCUCUCCUUUGCACUGGAUUCCAGGGCAGCAAAAUAAGGACAGAUGAUGAGCCCAAGGCUUGCUUUUGCCUUGGUUGGAUAGUUUCCCUGAUACCUCCCUGGGAUUUUUCACACUUAAAAAAACAACAACAAACCCAACAAAUAAGCAAAGCCUCCAGCAGUGCUGCACUGCCCUGAUCCCUCUUCCUCUGAGCACUAGAGAGAAGUGCCAAUUACCUCCUCUGCAAUUUGCAUACCCAUGUCAUGAGUGCAUUCUCCUUUCAACUUCUCUUUCCCCCUGGCUGAUCCUCUGCUCUUCUGUCCACAGGCUCUUCUGUCUCUAACUGCUAUCUACAGCCUCUGCAUCUCUGGGAUUGCUGGCAUAGACAUGUCCUGGUUCCUUUCCAGGCACUUUUAAUGUGCUUGUUCUUCAACAAACCCUCUUUAGAGAAGUCACACUGUGCAGGUUCACUGUAUUUCACACAUUUCAGCUCUAUCAGUCUUUCUAGUUUAGCGUUUAAGAACGUUUCCAACUGCCACAGUACUUACCAAGGGAUCGAUAGGUACUUUCUGCCCCUCCUCCCUAUUCAGUAUUUCAUGAUGGUUAAAAAAAAUAAAAAACAGUGAUUUAAUCUGAAGCAGAGCGCGCUGUUUCUGGGGGCAGAAUAACCUUGUUUGCCAAGGUUUCAGGUCUUAAAACUGAACUGAGUCAAUGAAAAUUAAUCAAAUUGCUAUCCAAAAGGCACGGAGCAGGGAAGAACUGUUGGCUAAGACACAGCAGGAAAGACAAAGAAAAAGCCAUAAUGGUCAAUGCAAUUAUUCCUUAAAUGAAACAGAAUGAAGGUCAGAGGCACUUGCAAUACCUUAUUCUACUUUCUUGCUUCAAGAAUGGAAUAGAAGUUGCUGCAGGCCCCUUUUCUUUACUUCCCUGCAGUCCUUUGCACAAAACCACUUGUCUUUCCCACAUUUCCCCAAGUUAUUAUGCAGCACAUCUGCAUCAGUGAUGACGAGCUCUUAGUACCUCGCAUUAGCACAGGCUCAGAGGAACUGCAGGAACUUCAAUGGUAAUUACGGCACUCGGUUGUAUGAACAGUAGUGCUCAUUCAGGCUGAAGAUGUUAACAACAGGUUUCCGUGACCACAUCUGAACUGAACAGUGACAGAGAUGGUCCACAACAGCCUUCAACUAGGCCACCACACUGUAAAUGGUAGCUGUCAGAGACAACUACAACAUCGCUUCUUGUGUACAGCAUGAGAGGAAAUCUAAAGUAUGAGAGAUUUAAUAUAUUUGCUUCUUGAACACUCAGUUUUCCAUGAAGAGAACUAUAAUAAACCAAUAACUACUUAAAUAAAUUUAGGUGGAUAUUUUGUAGUUUAUCUUAA